AUGUUUUCAGUCAAACAUUCCGUCAUUCUAAUUGCACUUGUUGCUUUUUCGUUGGCUCUUAAAUGCUACACAGGCUAUACCAAGAACAAGGACAAGACUAAAGAAACAGUAGAUUGCCCGACAGCGGGCUACUGUUACAAGAAAACUGAGAAGUCCGGUAAAGAUGAUAUACACACCUAUGGCUGUGCUUGGACGCAGGAUUGUCCUAAACUGGGUUGCACUACAGUAAACAAGAUUACCAAAUGCUGCUGUAAUAGAGACCUCUGUAAUGGAUCGACACCACUGUUACUGAUCAUCUCAUUUGCUCCAUUUAUUGUCGUAAGGUUCAUUUUCUACUGAAGAUAGCAAAUCUCGAAAAAAUCAAAAGUCUGUGAUUAAAUGGCUCCAUAAAUCAGACUUAUAUUUUCAGUUUAUAAUUUUUACAUAUCAGAUUUGUUUAAAAGUUGAUUAUUGACCUGUUUGACGAACAUAUUUAUUUCAUUUGGUCCGU